CAGAUGAUAUCAUUGUUGUCAGCAUGGAGAUUUUUCGGCCUGAAUAUGUGAAUGGUUCAUCACAACCAAGUUUGAAAGACAAGAUAAGAAUCACAACACGUUGUUUAUGGUUAGAUAAAGGAAAACUUCUGGAUGCUCUUUAUAAAGCUGCACAUGAUGCACCAUCAAGCUGUCCUGUGAAUCGCCCACUGACACACAUGGAACGGCUUGUAUCUGAAGUCCUGAGGAAGAUUGUAAGAAAAUACAGCAGCAAAAGGCUCGAAGUCAUUGCAAUUGCAAUUGAGAACACUGCUGGAGUCCUAACUGAAGAAUUUCAGAAGAAGUUAUCUGGAAAGUCUCAUGGAGGUUUUGGAUCAUUUGCUCAUUCAUAUGGGCCACAUGUGAUUAAGCAGUCAAGCACACUCUCAGAUGAAGAUACUAUUUCGAUUCCAUCUAGCAGGGAGUUUGAUGAAGAUAGUGAUUCUACCAUGACAAAGGACAACCUUGUUGCAGAGUCUUCUGGAGAGGAGGAUUUGGAUGUCGACCAGCCACUAGCUGAGGUUGAAACUACAUUUUCCAACUUCGAAUCUGCUUACAGAUCCUCAGAAAUGGAGAUUGAUGAACUUGUCAAAGUCUCAUCACCUGUCGAAGUGACAAAAGAAAAUAGGAAUGCCUUGGAAGAAAAUCUGGAUCAGCGAAGAGUCAUUUAG